AUGACAGAUCCUUCAGUGGUGGAUCACCUGACACGACUGAAACUCAAACUCCUAGAAAAGAGACUAGAAAAUGAACAGGAGAACCUAGAGAAGAUGGAGUCACCUCUCCCAGCUGCAAGGAACAGGCGUGAGGAUAUGCUCCAAAGUGCCCUAAGGCGAAGGAAAGAUCUCCUGCAGGAGCUUAGGGAGCAGCACCUUCUGGAAGAGCUUUCACGACCAGCACCAGCUGGAGGACACUGUCAUAACCACAGAGCUGCCCCCCCCCAUGUCUACCAGAUACCUUUUCCAGCUCCCCAAGCGGAGCCACCAAGGAUUAUCCAGCAGACAAUGCCGCCUCAGCCUGCCACCAUCAUCCAGCAGUUACCUCAGCCGCCCGCCCUGAUCACGCAGAUCCCCCCUGCUCAGCCGUUUGCAGCCCCCCGCUCUGGAAACAUUAAAGAAGAUAUGGUAGAGAUGAUGCUGAUGCAGAACGCUCAGAUGCACCAGAUCAUCAUGCAGAACAUGAUGCUGAAGUCUCUGCCACCGAUGGCGUUCACACAGUCUGCUGGAGCCAGCUCUCCCCUGCUUCAGCAUGCACAGCAGGACCUGCAGUUUGCUGCUCCCCUGGCUGUGAAAGCAGACAGGCCCAGGCGAUCUGCGGUGCACCACCACCACCACUACCCUCCUACAGGGGUGCUCCCAGUGCCCCACGGGGGCUUGCGGUCCACAUCCAUGGCACAUCACUGGUCCGGCAGCACGCUCCCUGCCCUGCCUACGUAA